AUGCCAGACGCUGAGAUUAAGUUUGCUCACACCGUCGGCCCGACCUUCGCCACAUAUACCCCGGACGGAAAAUACCUUCUGACCGCUGGACAGAAUAUAAGCUUGCGCAAAUUCACACAUGGGUCGCCAGAUGAGCCCAUUAUCUAUGAUAAAGAGUAUGGGUCUCAUACGGGUAUCUCGACUAACAACGAAUCCCUUUUCACAUCCUCUGAACAUGGUUUGGUCGAGUCAUAUUCAGUACGAAUGAUGACGGACAACCAAUUGAUUACGCGAUUCUCACUGGCAGCCAGAGAUGUGGCUGUUACACCGGAUGGGCAUUGGGUCGCUGCGUGUGGAGACGACAUAAACGUCAAGGUUAUCAAUACGCACGAUCCGACGAAACAUAUGAUUCUACGACAUCAUUCUAAGCCGAUAAAACAUCUUACAUUCGAUCCUACCGGAUCAUUACUUGCAUGCUCGAGUGUUGAUGGAAUUAUCUAUAUCUACUCCCUCACAACAGAGACCCCGGAUCUACUGCACAAAGUAAUUGGGACAAUACCGGAAAUCGAUGUUGAUAGCGAAAUAUCCACUCGGGCAGUAUGGCAUCCGGACGGUAGAGCCUUUGUUGUUGGACAGAAUAACAUGGAUAUUGCGGUUGUGUCUAGACAGGACUGGGGCGUAAAAAAGCUAUUCGCGGGUGGUCAUUCAAGCGACAUCACUGCACUUGCUUGGUCUAAAAAUGGAGGAUUCCUGGCUAGUGGUGACUCCAAAGGCAACGCCAUUAUCUGGGAAUCAAAGAGCCAGAACAUCAUCUCUAAAACCCAUUACGAAGGAGGAAUCACAUCGAUUUCCUGGCACCCUACGGAAAAUGUGAUCACAUAUGGCACAAACCAAGGAACGGUGUACAUUCAACCGGAACCUCUGCCUUCGGAUCAUGAAAAAACACUAAAACUACAUCUUCAACCCGCUCCCGGAUUCCUGGCUGUAGGCGCAGAUUUUGUACGACUAGAGAGACGCAGCGAGCAGGAGGCUCGGCCUAAUAGACAAGAAAAGACCUCAGUUGAUGACAUCCUUGCUGAGCUCGAAGGAGAAGACGAGGACGAUUGGCUAGAGGAUGACGAUGGUGCAGGUUAUGGUGAACGGAAUGAGAACGGAAAGCGAAAGGCAGGCGGGUUGAGCCUUGGAGUACCGUCGAUAAAAAGGCACGCAUACGGGUCGUGGUCGCCAGAUAUUCAUGAGCCAAUGCAGCCUGGAAGCACGCCUUGGAGGGGGGACCGAAAGUAUCUUUUCCUCAGCUUAAUAGGUUUUGCAUGGACGGUCGACCAGAAAACACACAAUACGGUUACAGUCGAGUUCUACGAUCAGGAACAGUACCGAAAUUUUCAUUUUACUGAUCCUUUACUCUAUGAUAAAGCUGUUCUAAAUGAGAACGGUUCAUUAUUUUGUUCACCUCCCGGCCGAGGCAACCCCGCACUAUUAUUUUAUAGGGAGCACGAAACAUGGGGCAUUCGCCAUGAGUGGAAAACCAGGCUCCCGGACGGCGAGGAGGUUGUCUCUAUUGCCUUGAGUAGCGCUUACAUCGUUGCUUGUACAUCGAAUGGCUAUAUUAGAGUCUACUCACUCUACGGUGUCCCGGUCAAGGUAUAUCGACAGAAGCAUACCCCUGUUGUGUCCUGUACCUCGUGGAGAGACUAUGUUAUGAUUCUUGGCAAUGGUCCCGUUGCUGCGGAUGGACGGGCCCAAUUAACAUAUACCAUCGAGAAUAUUCGAAGAGGUGAAGUCAUACAGAACAAUGAUGUGGUCGCAAUCCCUGACAAGGCGACCCUCAAGAAUUUGUUCUUUUCAGACGAUGGGAACCCAAUGGUGUAUACAUCUAAUGGAGUACUCUUGGUACUACAACAUUGGCGAAAUCCUGGGCAAGCACAAUGGGUACCAAUUCUCGACACUGCACAUCUGGACAGACGAAUCGGGGGUAAAAAGGAAGAAUCAUACUGGCCGGUUGCUGUAUCACAAGAUAAAUUUUGUUGUAUUAUCUUGAAGGGCGGCGAAAAGUACCCAUACUUCCCACGGCCGCUGCUCAGUGAAUUCGAAUUCAGAGUACCAGUUUCCAAUCCACCAGAGGAAGACCAGGCAAAGAACGACCCUAUGGCUAAGCUUGAAGAGUCGUAUGUUCGAGAAUCAGUGUUGGUUUCGUUGGCUGAGGAUUUGGUCGAUAAUACGCGGGCAGAAGAACACGAGAAGAUGGACGUUGCGAGGAGAAGUGUCAGCAUUGACAAGGUCUUGUUGCAGAUGUUGGCGUUGGAGUGUAAAGAUGAGGAGAAGCAGAGCAAAUGCUUGGAAAUCGUGGGUUUGAUGAGACAACCAAGGACAUUAGAGAUGGCGAUCAAGGUUGCCGUGAAGUAUGAUAGACAUGCACUGGCAGAGAAGAUCGAGGAAAUGAGGAAUCAGAUGGAGGAGGAUUAG